GGCCGCCCCUGGUUUUUUGCUGCAACUUUUUUUUGCAGGAUACAAAAAUAAAUCUAUAAACUAAUCAAUCUAACUUGAUGAAGUACUUUGUAGGUCAGUCAAAAUGGACAAGAGUUGGAUGACAAUAAAAAAUAGAAUGAAGAGUAAAGAGUAUAGAGAAGGGGUGAAGUCCUUUAUUGAAUUUGCGGUGGCAAAUUUAGGCUCAGCAAAUGAUAUUUGGUGUCCUUGUGUCGAGUGCAUGAAUGACAAAAAACAAAGCAUUCAAGUUGUCAAGAUUCAUUUGAUGUUGAAAGGAAUCUCGCCUUCUUACAAGACUUGGGUGCAACAUGGAGAAUCUGUUCACGUGCAUCAAUCUUGUGUUUCAAAUGAUGCUAACUGUGACAAUGGUGGAGGUGUUGAGGAUAGAAUGGCUGGGGAUGGCACCGAUGAUAGGGACGAAUUGUCUAAUAUGCUGGAAGCUGUUUACAUGGGCGAGGAGAAUGUGUCCAAUUAAGGGCAUACCGACGUGGCGGCAUGUAGACGAGGCUACUCAAUCUGCUAUCAUACAAUCUGUCCUUGACAAGUUCAAAAUCUCGGAUGAUUAUUAUGGCAAUCUAGUAGCUCAGCAAGCUGUCCAUAGAAAAUGCUACAAUAUUCACAGAAAUUGGAGGCACAAUAUGAAAUUGCAUUACAAGCAUGUUAAGAACGUCUUACAUGUGGAUCCUUAUAGUCAUCCAUACGAACAUGUGACUCAAGAGGAUUGGCGCCACUUAAUUGACGAUGUGUGGAAAAUUUAUAAGUAA